AUGCUUCUCUUCUGCCCACACUGCGCAAACAUCCUGACCGUCUCCCUGACGCUCAACCGCACGAACCGACUCGAGUGCCGCACAUGCCCGUACGAGCACGCCAUCACCGACCCGGUCUUCUCGCGCCGCGUCUUCGAGCGCAAGGAGAGGGAGGACGUCUUUGGCGGCCCCGGCGCCUGGGACAAUGCGCAAAAGUCAAAGGCGCAGUGCCCCAACGAGGGGUGCACCGGCGAGGAGGCGGCGUUUUUCCAGGUGCAGAUUCGAAGUGCCGAUGAGCCCAUGACGAGUUUCUUCAAGUGCAUGACGUGCGGUCACCGAUGGCGCGAGAACUGA